GUUCGAGAACUGCACGCAUCAACAGCCAGCGAUCUGGACAAGCAGCUGACUGAGUUCACCCGAUGUGCGGCUAUGAUGAAGAAGGCGAUUCGCCAUGCCGAAUUCAAGAACAACGAACUGAGAACUAAAAUGGCGAAAGAAAAGGACGAGGUGCUUGAGGAAGUGAUAACGAAGUAUGAAGCCUUGUCAACAACUCAGAUUGAGACAGACAAGCAGUUGUCGGAAAAGACACGUCUAGUGCAGCGACUGCAAGAUGACCUGAAUCAAUUGAGAGACAGGAACGAGGAGAUGGAAAGCGCCUUCGCUAGGAUUUGCAACAUGACUGAACUGAGCUCGGUUCCGCAAAGGCUUCGAACUCGCAGUGAAAGCCCAUGUAAGAUGUUGAGCUGUACUCGUUCGUUUGCGCCUAUCUGCACACUGUUAACGAUACACUGCGCAGGAUCCGCUCAGCGUUCUCUACGAAAAUCCGCCGAAGUUCGGGAUGCAACUUCACGAGUCGAACAGGCUGAAAUGGAGGUGAACCGUCUCAAGAAACAAAUCGACCUUCACGAUAAAGAGAAGAAGUCUUUGAAGGACGUUGAGAAAAGAAAAGAAGCAGAAGCAGCUGAGCGAGAGCUGAAGAUGUCGGAAAUGAGUCACGAAGUUCGACGCCUCACAGAUCGUCUACAGGCCGCUGAAGAGGAGAAGGCUAUGAAAGAGACCAUGCUGAGCACGAAUGCAGGGUACUCUCGCAACUACUCACAG